AACUUAAUGAGCGUUUAAUUGUUAGUUACGCGAUGGUGGUGCAUCGAAACGCCGAAUAUGGCGAGCGUCCGAACACUUCAUUCACUUUCAAACACUGGCAAUUCGCGAACACACGUUGAAUUUUUUUUGUGAAAUUACAAGUUAUUAAUAGUGAAAUUAGUGAAAUUUUAAUAAAAUGCGUGAAAUUGUUAUUUAAGUAUAUGAAUAUUUAUUUUGUGAAUAUUGUGUUAGUUUAUCAUCAAGAUGGUUAAAAUUUCACCUGAUCUUACCUUCGAAAAUUUAACUUUUUCGAUUUGUAAUCGCACAGGAAACAAAACAAUAUUAAAUAAUAUAAGUGGGACAUUUCCAUCCGGAAAAUUAAUUGGAAUUCUUGGUCCAUCUGGAGCAGGGAAAACCACUCUGUUAAACAUCCUCAGCGGAUGGGACCAUCACAGUAAAAUUUCAGGCAGUAUUAAAGUGAAUAAUAAAGAACGACAACUGCAAGAUUUCAAGAAUAUUUCGUGUUAUAUCACUCAGGAUAGUCAUUUGAUUAAUAUUUUAACAGUGGAGGAGAAUUUAAAAUAUGCUGCUGAUUUGAAACUGGGGCCUGGAAUAUCAAAAACAACGAAACAAAAAAUUAUAAAUCAAGUUGUAAAUAGUUUUGGUCUUGUUGAACACAUAAAAACAAAAACAAGUAAACUUUCUGGUGGUCAACGCAAAAGAUUAGCAAUUUGCUUAGAGUUAUUAAAGGAUCCUGAUAUUAUCUUCCUUGAUGAGCCUACUACAGGUUUGGACAUUGUCUCAAUGUCGCAAUGCGUGCGUUACUUGAAACAAUUAGCUGAAAAAGGCACGACAGUAAUUUGCACCAUGCAUCAACCUCCAGGGAAUGUAGCAAAAAUGUUUGACAUUGUUUAUAUUGUCGCACAAGGUCAAUGCGCUUUCCAGGGUGGUCCCCAGGAGUUGGUUACGUUUCUGGCUGAUACAGGCGUGCCUUGUGAGAUAUUUCACAGUCCACUUGAUUAUAUCAUUGAGAUAGCUAAUAAUGAUUACGGUCCGAAAAUAUUGGAAACUUUAUUGGACACAUCUCAAAAUGGUAAAAAUCACGCUUAUAUGCCAUUAUUGAAGUCAAAACAGACACAAACGAAUGAUUCUAUUCGUAAAACAAGAAAUAUAUUCACAAAAUGGAAUGAUUAUUCAUUUACGGAUGAUGUGUAUGAGUUUAGGACGGUUAUGAAGAGGGAAGUUGUAAAACUAGGACGAGACUUGUUUUUGACUUAUUUGAAAAUUGCCGGCAUCUUGCUCUGCAGUAUAAUGACUGGACUCGUGUGUUAUAACAUGGGCGGUGAUGCCACCAUGUUGUAUUUUAACUAUAAUAUGGUGUUGUUGCACAUUUCAAUUGUGGCGCUUUCGUUUUCGAUUCUUACGACUGUUGGAUUUGUUUUAAAUCAGAAAGUUGUUCGUAAUGAAUACGAGAAUGGGUAUUAUUCCAUACGGAAUUACUUUUUGACAAUAACCAUCUUGGAUUUACCAGUAACUAUUUUUGCGGUUACAGUUAGUACUGUUUUGAUGUAUUGGCUCUCUGGACAAUAUAUGACUUAUCAUCGAAUUUAUAUGUUCACUUUUAUAUCGAUUGAAGUGGCAAUCGUUGCCAGUGCAAUCGGUUCCCUUUUUGGAACGCUUCUUAAUUUAAAUCAUGCUGUAUUUGUAACUUCGGCCAUCCACAUUCCAAUCUUCGUAGUAUCUGGUUAUGGAAUUUCGAUGACGGAUAUGCCUCGCCAUUUUUAUUACCUCUCUCACCUGGCGUACACUAGAUUUGCUGUUCGUUCUAUGAUGGGUGUUGUUUUUGGUUAUGACCGACCACUGGCUUAUUGUCCCGAUGAAGCAGUGUACUGUCACUAUCAGAAAUCAAUUAUUUUUCUAAACGAGAUGGGCCUGGAAGACUAUUUCUUCGUGUACGACGCCAUAAUUUUGCUGGGAUUCUAUUUGUUCUUUAGAUUUUUGACGUACUUGGCUGUUCGGUAUCGAUUAAAGAGUGGCGUUUACAUUGAUUAACAGCAUUUCAAUCAAUGUAUUAUUUAUUUGUGGUGUAAGAUUAAAUAGUAUAGGUGUAUAUAAAAUAGAAUAUUGAAGGCGAAAGUACUUUUGGUGGAUAUUAUUAAUAGUUUAAGUAUUAGGUUAUGUAUUUUCGAUUAUGUGGGUUGUUCAGUAUGUAAAAAAAACACGUGCCAAUCA